AGCUGGAGCCUAUCAAAAAACUAUCCUUCCCACCAUAUAAAGAUCGAUCGAUCGAUAAGAUAUCAGCUCAAAGCCAAAGCAUGCACUUGCAUCUCUGCCCCAUACAUGGCCUCACUUGGAUUUCCAUCUAUAUCCAUACCCAUUCUGUUCUUGAUCACCUUGCUGCCGACUGUACCCACAUCUUCUUCUCCUGGUCCAACCAAGAGCAACGGUAGCGUCACUGAUCUUGCUGCCCUGCUUGCUUUCAAAGCACAGCUCUCCGACACUCUCGGCAUCAUUGCCAGCAACUGGACCACCAGCACGAAUUUCUGCCACUGGUUUGGCGUCACAUGCAGUCGCCGCCGGCAGCGCGUCACCGCUUUGGAACUGCCGGGCUCCCCCCUACAUGGACCAAUCACUCCACACCUUGGUAAUCUCUCUUUCUUCUCCGUCCUCAACCACAACAAUACAAAUAUCACGGGCUCCAUCCCUGAUGAUUUAGGACGGCUUCGUCGUCUUAAAUGCCUAUAUCCCGGAUUCAAUGGCCUAUCAGGUAGCAUCCCAACCACCACAGGAAACUUCACAAGGCUUCGUGUUCUUGCCUUGUAUUAUAGCCAUCUAUCUGGUUCAAUCCCGGCAGAACUGCAGAACCUGCAGAGUCUUGUCUACUUCAAUAUCUUUGGGAAUUACCUGAGCGGCUCAAUACCAACCUAUCUAUUUAAUAAUACCCCUCUGAUAACUCGCCUGAGCUUCGGCAACAACAGCCUAUCGGGACAUAUACCAUCUUGUAUUGGCUCCUUACCAAUGCUUGAGUACCUUGACCUUCAAGUGAAUCAUUUCAGCGGCCCAGUACCUCCAUCCAUAUUCAAUAAUUCUAGAUUAAGUGAAAUCUGGCUUAUAUUGAACUACAACUUAACUGGUCCAAUCCCUAACAACGAAAGUUUUAAUCUCCCAGCGUUGCAACAGAUCAGCCUGGGCGGCAACAGAUUCACUGGUGAGAUUCCGUUGGGGCUCUCCUCUUGUCGCUACCUCCAAACUAUCUCUUUCCCAUCUCAGUUACCUUUCCUUGGGUUGGAAUCACCUUGUUGGUCCAAUUCCAGUUGCACUUAGCA